AAGGAAGAAAAGGGCGAAAUGUUUGUUAGAAUCUGACCUGGAAGUAGUUACAGGCUGUGGUCUGUUUCGUGGCAGUGGCAUUUUUCAUUCAACUCCUAACAUUCUUGUUGCAUCACCGAAUGUGAAUUAUCAAUUCUUAUUGAAACACAUUAAAAAGUAACUUCAAAGUACAUGUCUAGCAGUAGGCAGUAAGUUCUUCACAUAUUAAAGAAAAAAAUGAAAGCUCUAAUUCUUGUCGGUGGCUAUGGUACAAGGCUGCGACCUUUAACUCUCAGCAUCCCUAAACCUUUGGUGGAGUUUGGGAAUAAGCCUAUGUUGUUCCAUCAGUUGGAAGCCCUGGUUGCUGCUGGUGUGAAGCACAUUGUCCUGGCUGUAAGCUACAGAGCUGAACAGAUGGAGAAAGAAAUGGAGAGCCUGCAAACACAGCUUGGUGUCAAAAUAUCAAUAUCCCUUGAAAAUGAACCUUUGGGCACUGCGGGUCCAUUAGCCCUGGCCAGAGACAUCCUGUCUCAAGAUGAUGAUCCUUUCUUUGUACUAAAUAGUGACAUCAUUUGUGACUUUCCAUUCAAAGACAUGCUUCUGUUUCACAGACACCAUGGAAGAGAAGGAACCAUUGUGGUGACUAAAGUAGAUGAGCCUUCAAAAUAUGGUGUUGUCAUCUACAACCCUGAAGAUGGUCAAAUCCAAAAAUUUGUGGAGAAGCCCCAAGAGUAUGUCUCUAACAAAAUCAAUGCUGGCAUGUAUAUAUUUAGCCCAAGCAUGCUGAAAAGAAUCAAGCUUCAACCAACAUCGAUUGAAAAAGAAGUUUUCCCACAGAUGGCAGAAGAUAAAAAUUUGUAUGCAAUGGAGCUUCAAGGUUUCUGGAUGGAUGUUGGACAGCCUAAAGAUUUCCUGACUGGUAUGUGCAUGUAUUUAUCUUCACUGAAAGUUAAACAGCCAGAAAAACUUCAUCAAGGACCAGGCAUUGUUGGCAAUGUUCUUAUAGAUCCAUCAGCUAAAAUUGGCAACAACUGUCGAAUAGGUCCCAACGUGACCAUAGGCCCUAAUGUUGUCAUAGAAGACGGAGUGUGUAUCAAAAGAUGCACAGUGCUCAAGGAGGCACACAUCAAAUCUCAUUCUUGGCUGGAGUCGUGUAUCAUCGGCUGGAAGUGUGUUGUGGGAAACUGGGUAAGAAUGGAGAAUGUCUCUGUACUGGGAGAGGACGUGAUUGUAAAGGAUGAGAUUUACAUCAAUGGGGGCAGAAUCCUUCCGCAUAAAUCUAUAGCAGAAUCUGUGCCUGACCCACAAAUUAUCAUGUAAUCCAGCCAUUAGGAAUCUUUGUUAUUAUGUGUUGAUAUUUUGGUCUACCCAAGUCUGCUGCAGCAAACAUCAAGCAUAUUUGGUUAAGUGCUUUACAAACUUAGAAUACUUCAUGCAUUAUUUGUAUUAAAUUAUUAUUUGGUUGCCAUUGUCAAAAGACAUGAGCUUCAUCAGGAGAUAUACAUUAAUAAUUCAAUAAUGGAACUGAAUACUGGGAGCACAUGUUGAAAGGCUUUUUUUUAGGUGUGUUUUAUGGACUGAUGUUGCAAAGUAAUUUUUUUUUAUCCUACAUACAACAUAGAAUCUCUGUAUGUUUAUACAAGCUAAGAAAUAAACAAAUGAACAUAAACCAGGGUCUGAAAAUGACAUUGAUUGUAAUCACUCAUGAGAUCACUAUUUUGAAUGUAUUUAUCAAACAUAAAUUAAAAUCCACUAUUCACCUUCAACAAUCUAGCUCUACAAAUAAAUUGUUUUGGUUUCAUUGGAUUUCCAGUUUAGGAAUCAGUACAUGGGUUCAGAUGAACAAAUUUUAUUUCAUCUUAAUUAGGUUUCUAAGUGUUAUUUUGCUUUUUUUUU